AUGUCUGCUCAUGAAGGUGUUAGUUGUGAUGCUUGUGGUAAAAGUAAUUUUCGAUCUAAGCGUUACAAGUGUUUAAUUUGUUAUGAUUAUGAUCUAUGUUCUGCAUGUUAUGAACGGGGUGAAACAUCAAGUCACCAUACAACUGAACAUCCUAUGCAAUGUAUAUUAACACGUCAAGAUUUUGAUUUAUAUUAUCAUGGUGAACGAUGUGCAUCCGAUUUAGCUCAAUCAUUCACAUGUCCAUUUUGUGGUGAAAUGGGUUUCGCUUAUCCAUUUCUCAACGAAUCAUCGUUAACUUCACAGAAUCUUGAUCUCUUUCAUCAUUUACAAUGCAAACAUGCAGAUGAACAACAGUCAAAUGAAGUUAUCUGUCCGAUCUGUGCUGCUAUGUCAAACGGUGAACCGAACUUUGUUACUACUGAUCUACUAGCGCACAUUGCUAAUGAUCAUCAACAUCAACAAGUUCAAACGCCAUCUACACCUGGUCUUGGAACCAAUCCAUAUUCCAGACAAUCAUCAACUCGAGACUUUGACUUCACUAGUAGUACUAGUACGCGAGGUAGCUAUAGACGAGGACCUUUACGAACGCCGAGUCGACGAGGCGGACUGGGACGUGGUGGAGGUACUGUAAGUCAACAUUUUGUUGUCGACACUGCAUCUCUCAGUAGUGGAACGGAUCCUAUUGCUGAUCUUUUAACACAAUUAUCUGCUGUAAGAAGGUUAGCGGCAUCUAACAAUAAUAACAACACCAGUUCGAACUCAUCAUCAUCGACAACAAUUAAUCUUCAAACUUUAACUCGGCAACAAUAUGAACGUGAACGUCUUCGUUCAACAGGCCGUUCUCAUCACCACCAUCAUCAUCAUUCGUCACAGUCACAAUCUCAUUCAUCGCAACAAACAACAUCAUCAACGAAUACUGUUCCGGGAGUUGAAAAUGACUUUUUCGAUUCACUUUUUACCUCCGCACUUUUUAUUGAUGCAUCAUCUCCACCAGUGUCUUCUUCAUCUCCAUCGACUAAUACUCAACAAACCUGGGCACAGAUCGUUGCCCAGCAGCAGCAGCCAAUACCUGACCAACAGCCGACGUCAACAAAAUCAUCGAUAACUGAAUCAAAUUCGUCCUUAUUACGCAAACUAUGUGAUGAAACGCCGUCGUCGUCAUCGUCUUCUUCCUCUUCUCUAACAUUACAUCAGCAGAACAGGCGCAAAAAUGAGUUUGUGCAUAAUUUACUUGUUGCUAGUUUUGCUUGUCCACUUAAUGAUAACGACAAAUAA